GGGAGGGGAGGGGACGCGGGACUUUGGCCUUGUCCCCUCCCUCGGUGCCGCCGGUGGGGCAUGUCGCCGCCCCGCGCCGUGGCCGCCCCGUCGGGGCUGAAGCCGCUGGUGGCCGUGGCUCAGGUCACCUCCACGCCGGACAAGGAGCUCAACUUGGCCGCCUGCUCGGGGCUGGUGCGGGAGGCGGCUCAGCGCGGCGCCUGCCUCGUCUUCCUCCCCGAGGGCUUCGACUACAUCGGCUCGGAGCCGGCGCAGACGCUGAGGCUGUCCGAGGGGCUGGACGGGCAGCUGAUGGGCCGGUACAAGGAGCUGGCCAGGGAAUGCGGCGUGUGGCUGUCCCUGGGCGGCUUCCACGAGCGGGGCCGGGACUGGGAGACCACGCAGCGCAUCUACAACUGCCAUGUGCUGCUGGACCCCGCAGGUCACCUCGUGGCCGCCUACAGGAAGACUCACCUGUGUGACGUGGAGCUGGAGGGACGCGUGUCCAUGAGGGAGAGCAGCUUCACCAACCCCGGCACCGAGAUCGUGCCGCCGGUCAGCACCCCGGCAGGGCAGCUCGGCCUCUCCAUCUGCUACGACCUGCGUUUCCCCGAGAUGUCGCUGGCGCUGCGCCGCGCCGGCGCCGACAUCCUCACCUACCCCUCUGCCUUCACCUUCCCCACAGGCUCUGCGCACUGGGAGGUGCUGCUGCGGGCCAGGGCCAUCGAGAGCCAGUGCUACGUGGUGGCAGCCGCCCAAACCGGGCAGAACCACGAGCGCCGGACGUCGUACGGGCACUCGCUGGUGGUGGAUCCCUGGGGCGCGGUGGUGGCUCAGUGCCGGGAGGGCCCCGGGCUCUGCUACGCCGAGAUCGACCUCGAGUACCUGCAGCGCGUGCGCCGGGAGAUGCCGGUGCAAAGCCACCGCCGGCACGACCUCUACGGCACCACGGGGAUGGCACCCUGACACCACCCCGCUCCCUGUGCCAUAGGAGCAGGGAGGGGUCGUUUUGCACCGGUUCUCCCCCAAAACACGGCGGCUGGGGGGGUUUGAGGGGUCCCAGAGGCGCGAGGAAGGAGGCGGGCGCUGCGGUAGAUGUUUAUUUCAAGAAACCCAAAAGCUACACAGGGGGUUAUGACCGUUAGAGUGAAGUUUAAAAAAUACAGAAGUCACAGAAAUUACA